GCUCCUCCCCGGUCGGCUGCGGCUGGUGCCUAGGCGAACCAGCGGCCCCCAGCUCGUGGCCCCGCGAGGCUCCAGGGCCGCACCGUGGGAUGGACGAGGGGAAGAUGGACGAAAAUGAAUGGGGGUACCACGGUGAAGGCAACAAGAGCCUAGUGGUGGCCCACGCACAGCGUUGUGUGGUGCUUCGUUUUCUGAAGUUUCCUCCUAAUAGGAAGAAGACCUCGGAAGAAAUAUUUCAGCACCUACAGAACAUAGUGGACUUUGGCAAAAAUGUCAUGAAAGAGUUUUUGGGAGAGAACUAUGUUCAUUGUGGGGAAGUUGUUCAGCUGCCUUUAGAUUUUGUGAAACAGCUUUGUUUAAAGAUACAGUGUGAAAGACCAGAAUCUCGCUGUGACAAGGACCUGGACACUCUCAGUGGUUAUGCUCUGUGCCUUCCCAAUUUAGCCAGACUUCAGACCUACCGUUUUGCAGAGCACCGGCCGAUUCUGUGUGUAGAGAUCAAGCCAAAAUGUGGGUUUAUUCCUUUCUCCAGUGAUGUUACACAUGAGAUGAAGCAUAAGGUGUGUCGUUACUGCAUGCACCAGCACCUCAAGGUAGCAACUGGGAAGUGGAAGCAGAUAAGUAAAUAUUGUCCCCUCGAUCUCUACUCAGGAAAUAAACAGAGAAUGUACUUUGCUUUGAAAAGCUUGUUACAGGAGGCACAGAACAACUUAAAGAUCUUUAAGAAUGGUGAGCUGAUUUAUGGUUGUAAAGAUGCCCGCAGCCCUGUGGCUGACUGGAGUGAACUUGCACACCACCUGAAGCCAUUCUUCUUCCCAUCCAAUGGCCUGGCCAGUGGGCCCCACUGCACAAGGGCCGUGAUCCGGGAGCUGGUGCGUGUCAUCACACGGGUGCUACUGAGUAGCUCGGACAAGGGCCGGGCAGGCGCCCUCAGGUCGGGGCCUGGGCUGUGGGGCCCACCCGUCUGUGAAGCCAGCCCUUUCAGCAGGAGCCUGCGCUGCCAAGGAAAAAACACCCCGGAGCGCUCAGGGUUACCGAAGGGCUGUCUUCUGUACAAAACCCUCCAGGUGCAGAUGUUGGACCUGCUGGACAUCGAAGGCCUCUACCCUCUGUACCGGCGGGUUGAGCGGUACCUGGAGGAGUUUCCUGAGGAGAGAAAAACAUUGCAAAUAGAUGGGCCUUAUGAUGAAGCAUUUUACCAGAGGCUGCUUGAUCUUUCCACUGAGGAUGAUGGCACUGUGGCUUUUGCACUGACAAAGGUUCAGCAGUACCGGGUCGCCAUGACUGCGAAAGACUGCUCCAUCAUGAUCGCACUCUCUCCUUGUCUGCAGGAUGCAAGCUCCGAUCAAAGGCCCAUUGUCCCUUCAUCGAGAUCCAGGUUUGCCUUCUCCGUGUCUGUGCUGGAUCUUGACCUCAAGCCCUAUGAGAGCAUUCCUCAUCAGUAUAAACUGGAUGGCAAGAUAGUCAACUACUAUUUAAAGACUGUACAUGCCAAAGACGCCACCGUGAUGUCAACUAGGUUCAAGGAAAGCGAAGAUUGCACAUUAGUUCUCCAUAAGGUGGGACUGCCUCUGGGAGACACAGAAUGGAAGAGCACUAAAAACAUCUUCCAGGACAAGGAAUGUUGGACAUGAGCCCAGCAGUGUGCUGUGUCCCAGGAGGCCCCUCUGGGCAGUUCUCCCUUUCCACCCAGGGCGCACGUCUCAUCUCUAAAAAGCCUUAUAAGACACAAGGUUUGGAUCUCCUACCACCAGAAUCCUAACACAGAAAACUUGAAUUGUCACAUAUACCUUAGAGUUCGGACUUUUAAGAAAACACAGAUACUACUGGAACUUUUCCAGCUGAGUUACUUGGUCACUUUUCCAAUGCAAGCCAUGUGUCAGUGCAGGUUUAGUGGUUCCCUGCUGUGGAGAGCAGUAAGUUGUUGAUAUGGACGUCAGUUUUGAGCAGUGGACUUGGAGUCCCUGUGGAGAUGCCAUACCCACCACUCUGCACAGGGUCAGCAGGGAGCGUGGGACUCAGGGCAGGGGUUGACACCACUCAUGCGAGCACUGACUUUUUUUUUGUGCUGAAUGAUUUUAUCAUCUUUAACUUUAGGGGAGACAAGGUGUUCUUUCCCACCUGAAAUUGCUGCUGUGGGAGCUGGAAGCAGAGCUGCAACUCUGAGCUGCUGUGCCCAGCGUGGGUGUCAUGGGGUGGCUGUGCUCCUGCCAGCUCUGUGUUCCUGGCAUUUUUGGGUGUUUGGGAAACCUCAGCUACUUCUGCCAGAGCCAGCAUCGAGUUUUCCCUCCUUCCCCAUACCUGUUCCUCCCUUGGGUUUCACUAAGAUGUGUGGUGAUAGUGGCCUUGAGUGGUGCUGGACCACCUCCCCGUCGGGGCUGCCCAAAGCCCUGCUUCCGCAAGACUCCUGGCUGGCACUAAGAGGGUUCUUGUUGGGGUCACCAAAAGUGUGCCCAGCUGCUAUGAAAACUGUUGGGAAUCUUGGCUUCAGUUUUUUAUUCUAUGGUAGGUUGUAUAGAUUAUUUAUAUCAUCAUUUUGAGGGACUAAUGAAGGCUUAUUGUAAUAUAAUAUUAGUGAAACCAUGGGAUUGUAUGAAAAUACUACACAAAAAAUAAGGAGAAUA